AUGUCCAACGUCUCGCCUCAAAUAUUCAAAAUCGUUAACCUCGCAGCCGGUUCGCUGGCCAGUUUAUCGGCCUUGACGCAAACGUCGUAUUUGCUGAGCAGCUUUCCAGCUUUUUUGAUGGCUGUGUACGCUUUGGGACUGGCUGUUCCCAUCGUUUAUCUGGAGUUUAAAGUUCCCCCUAAUCUUUACAGAUUCGCGUCUUUCUACUUCAGCUUUAUCGGUAGAGGACUGUGUUUUAUCCUGCUAUCUCUGCUAUUGAGCUUUGGCGGUGCUUUGAAGAUUCUAUGCUCUUUGCUACUGUUCCUAGCAGGUGUGGCCUUUGUCAUUGUGGAGUUCGUACCCAGCGUUCAAGAACCAGACAACUUCAGACCCGAGGGAAGUUCCAUUGCAGUGGGAGAGGACGCAGAUGACAUUAUUUGA